CCGUACACAGCGUAUUAUCUCUGAUACAGAGAUCCAGGGCUCCAAAGAUGCAGUCAUACAAGACCUGGAGAGAAAACUACGCUUCAAAGAGGAAAGACUCAGCAAUGGACAGCAGAGGUUAACCUAUGAGGAGAAGAUGGCUCGCAGACUGCUGGGUGCUGACAAUGCUGCCACAGUGUUUAACACACAACAGGUGGAGGAGGAGCCAGUUACACAGGAGUAUAAAGUGUCCAGCUUCGAGCAGCGGUUGAUCAGCGAGAUUGAGUUUCGUCUGGAGCGCUCACCUGUGGAGGAAUCUGACGAUGACAUUCAGCAUGAUGAAGACACGCCCGGGGAGGUUGCGCCGUUCUUCGAUCAGAAGCUCAAGCAUUAUAAAGUCUUCGAGGGAAUGCCUGUGACCUUCAGCUGCAAGGUCAUCGGAGACCCAAAGCCAAAGGUGUACUGGUUUAAGGAUGGAAAGCAGAUCUCAAAGCGCAGUGAACACUACCGUAUCAGUCGUGAUCCAGAUGGCACAUGCUCCCUGCACACAGCGGCUGCCUCGCUGGAUGAUGAUGGGAACUACACCAUUAUGGCAGGCAACCAGCAGGGGAGAGUGAGCUGUACUGGAAGGAUGAUGGUCCAGGCCGUGAACCAAAGGGGGAGAAGUCAGCGCUCCAAACCUGGACACAUCCGCAGACCACGCUCAAGGUCCAGAGACAGCGGUGAUGAGAAUGAGAACAUUCAGGAACGUCACUUCCGCCCUCAUUUUCUGCAGGCCCCUGGCGACCUUAUUGUGCAAGAGGGUAAACUCUGCCGCAUGGACUGCAAGGUUAGUGGCCUGCCAACUCCUGACCUCAUCUGGCAGCUGAAUGGCCAUACCAUCCGUCCAGACUCCUCCCACAAGAUGCUGGUGAGGGAGAACGGGGUUCAUUCAUUGGUCAUCGAACCUGUCACAAGCAGAGAUGCAGGAGUUUACACAUGCAUCGCCAGCAACAGGGCUGGACAGAACUCAUUCAACCUAGAGCUCAUUGUUGCAGCCAAAGAGAUGCAUAAAGCUCCAUGUUUCAUUGAGAAACUCCAGAACACAAGUGUUGCUGAGGGUCACCCAGUGCGUCUUGAGUGCCGUGUGUCCCGGAGUCCCAUUCCCCCACAGAUCUUCUGGAAGAAAGAGAACGAGUCCUUCACUCACAACACCGACAGGAUAAGCAUUCACCAGGACAACUUUGGUUACCUCUGCAUGAUCAUCCAGCCGGCUCUGAAGGAAGACGCAGGCUGGUACACGGUUUCAGCUAAGAACGAAGCUGGCAUCAUCUCCAGUACAGCACGUCUUGAUGUACACGCCCAGUGGCAGCAGACUCACACUCCGAAGCUCAAGAAGGUGCGUCCAUCAUCGAGCCGCUACGCCGCUCUGACAGAACGGGGUCUGGAUGUGAAGGCAGCCUUCUUCCCAGACUCCAGUCCUCUUCCUCCCGGCACCCUAGUGGAGAGUGACGACCUGUAGAGCCUAGCACGGGGAUCUGACCUUGGAACUCAGAUCCGUUGAUCCAGUGUACUCCAUAAUCCCCACCCAUUUCCCAAUAAAAACCUCUAGCUGGGAUGAAAAAGUGAUCGAUUGACUUUGAAUGGUGAGGGAGGAAGCUGCAAAGCAUCUCCUCACAGAUUAUGAUUCUUGGUAUUAUCACUACGUCUCUGCCUGAGGGAGGACCAUUCGCUAUACUUUUAUUUCAGUUGUUUUCUGAGGGGGAAGUGAUAUGGGUGAUUAAGCGAGGUCAUAUCCUGCUUGUAGACAGACUUAAUGGUUCGCUGACGCACUUAACACACACACACACACACACGCACCAGCAUGUGCUUUGAGGAAGGAAGUAGUAUACCAAUGAUCACCUUGUUUUUCAUCUCUAGAUUUUACAAGUGCCUAAAAAAUAUUUAAUUUUCAAAUUAAAUUUAAAAAAAUAAUAAAAACUAUUCAAGUAACUAUCAUCUAGCUGUGCAUGUUACUACGGUGCCAACAUGUUACACAUUUUAUGUAUUUAGUUAUAAUGCUUUAGAUUAGAUAUAUUUAUGAAACGCUGGAAGAAAUGUCUUCCUCUCCAGCACAGGAAAUAGGACUUUUUUUGGGUGGUUUGGUGGGGGGCUGGUUCUCUGGAUGAAGGGAACAGGGCUGUGGAAAGAGGGACACUCCUAAAACUCCAUGGACCUCAUCGUCCCUGGAGCUUCAGGGUCCUUGAGAUCCAGCAUAUUGAUCAGACGCACACUGCCAUCGACAGAAGCCGCGUCUGGAUCUCGGCUCCAAUCCAGAGAUGUCACACAAGGCCGGGCCUUAAUGAUCUUUUCCCACCCUGUCUUUUUUAGGAGAGAUUAAAAGCGGAGACUGAUGUGUCAUUAACAUGAGUGAUGAGAGUUUUGCAAGUUUUGGCUGACUGACAGUUUGGACAGAUGUUUGUUGUGUUUCCGUGGAAGCGAGAGUGAUGAGGAAUGCCUAUGAUGGAAGUACAGGAAGCAGAAUCGGUGCAUGCAUGUUUGUGAAGGAUGGGCUGACUGUGGAUGAAGGCGAGAUUUAUACGAGUAUUACUGAUUUUAAUGAUGAUGGUGCAUGGAAUGACAAGAUGGUAAUGCUUUGACAGGUAGGCUUCAGUUUUCAGGUUUGGAAUUACAGAAACAUGCAAAAAUGUGAUACUGGCAGCACAAAUUUGUUUCAUAAAUUAUAUGUCAUUGGCUUUUUAGGUAACUCAAACCUAUUCCGUCUUCGUAACGCAUUUGUAAAGAUAUUAGCAUUCUCUCAACAUUUGCUUUGAUCAGUCGAGUAUCAAAUACUCAGUUGGGAGUUCACAUAGUUUAGCCUUCAUCUCACACACAAUUGCAACAUAUAUACACAACAAUAUAGCAUAACAAUAUACACAAUAUAAGCCUGUGAUUUGCAUAUGUUUUUUUAUUCUUACACAGCUGUUUAUCUUUCAAAUAGACAGAUAUAAGGAGGUUCUUUGCAGUAUUUUCUGUUUUCCAAGCCAAUCUGUGCCUGUAUACGGACUGUUCUCCUUAUUCUCUUCUGGUUUAUGAAUAGUAAAAUAAAUAAACAUCUCUGAAAUGAC